GUAAAAGAACUAGCCUGCUUGCUAACUCCGUUAGCAUCCUCCUGCUGUCUGUAGUCUUGUAAUAAUGGCGCCUUUAGACCUUGAUAAGUACGUAGAAAUAGCCAGACACUGCAAAUAUCUCCCGGAGAAUGACCUAAAGAGACUGUGUGAUUAUGUUUGUGAUUUACUGCUGGAAGAAUCAAACGUUCAACCGGUUUCAACUCCUGUUACUGUGUGUGGAGAUAUUCAUGGUCAGUUUUAUGAUCUUUGUGAGCUCUUCAGGACUGGAGGUCAGGUCCCAGACACAAAUUACAUUUUCAUGGGAGACUUUGUAGACCGGGGGUAUUAUAGUUUGGAGACUUUUACUCACCUGCUCGCUUUAAAGGCAAAGUGGCCCGAUCGUAUCACGCUUCUACGUGGAAACCACGAAAGCAGACAGAUAACACAGGUGUACGGCUUUUAUGAUGAGUGCCAAACAAAAUAUGGAAACGCCAAUGCCUGGCGAUACUGCACCAAGGUGUUUGACAUGCUGACUGUGGCUGCUUUGAUAGAUGAGCAGGUUCUUUGUGUUCAUGGUGGACUUUCCCCCGACAUCAAGACUUUGGAUCAGAUCCGCACCAUUGAGCGAAACCAGGAGAUUCCUCACAAAGGGGCCUUCUGUGAUCUGGUCUGGUCUGAUCCUGAGGAUGUAGACACCUGGGCCAUCAGCCCCCGAGGAGCGGGAUGGCUGUUUGGCUCCAAGGUUACUAAUGAGUUCGUCCACAUCAACAACCUGAAGCUCAUCUGCCGCGCCCACCAGCUCGUCCACGAAGGCUACAAGUUCAUGUUCGACGAGAAGCUGGUGACCGUGUGGUCGGCGCCAAACUACUGCUACCGCUGCGGGAACAUCGCGUCCAUCAUGGUCUUCAAGGACGUCAACAGACGAGAGCCAAAGCUGUUUCGAGCCGUCCCUGACUCUGAGCGCGUCAUACCUCCGAGAACGACCACGCCUUACUUCCUCUAAGAACCAGACGGCUCUCUUUCUCCUCUGGAGGUCUCAGAGUUAUUUAUAUGCAACAUAUUUUAAUAGAUUUAUGGGAGGACGUCCCAUCCAGGUGACAAACGGUUUCCUCCACUAUAUUUGUUCUGUCAUGAUUAAAAACUGCUCUUCCUCCCCCGUUAAGAAAAAGAUUCUUAAAUCUGUCUUCAUAUUUUAUCAAAAGGAACACGUUGCAUUUUGAUGUUAUGUAUCCCCGUGAGGGAAAAACUUUAAUUCUGGUGGUAGCUGGGCGAUAAUCCACACAAAGAUAGACUGAUGUACAUUUCCUUUAGUUUUAUGGUAGCAGUUAAAGCUCAUGGUUGCCUUUUGAUGACUUCUCCUGGGACAAACAGCUGCUGAGCCAUCCUACAGCUCUCUGCCUUAACUGCUGGUUUCAUUGAUUUUUACACCUCAUUCCUAAUUUAUUGUUUUUAAAAGUGUCUUCUUUUUCUGCUGACAUGAUGUAUUUUUAUGACGGAUGCCGGUCUUAAACUGGCUUCUUUCUCUGGUUCCAUAUUGUGAUGAACUGAUGCUGUUGAAGAAGCAAUAUCACUGAACUGUAGACACACUUUUACAAUAUUAGUGCAUUUUUAUUUGAAUUACUUGGCUCAGUUGUAUUUGUAUCAGAGAAUUGUUCUAUCUGAGGUUCCUCUGUUUUGUAAUUUCAAUAAAACAUUCAUGAAUCCUU